CAUCAGCUCCAACUCUACAGUAGAGAGGGUUCCAAAUCCAUUUGGACCCAAAAUCAUGGCUUCUUCCAGCAAAGAUGACGGCUUUACAUGUAGUAGUAGUAAUUUGGGAAAUCCUCCACCGUCGAAGAAACAGAAAGAGACUGACAUUGAAGAAACCCUAGACCGACUCAGUGAGCUGCCCGACCCACUCCUUGUUCAAAUUCUCUCUCUUUUGCGGACAAAAGACGCAUUCAGAACAUUUAUUCUCUCAAAAAGGUGGCACUAUCUCUGGACUUUUGCUUGUAACUUCAAUUUCAAUCGUAGAAAUUACAUCGGGGGGAUGACAGAAGAAUUCGCAUCCUUUAUUGACUAUGUAUUACAUCAUUCCGUUUCUUCCAAAAUUAAAAAGUUUGCCCUCAACUGCACUCACCCGGAUCGGUAUUACUCUUCGGAAGGAGGUCAUGUAGUACACGACUCGCAAAUCUGCAGAUGGCUUACUUUUGCUGUUGAAAAAAAUGUGGAAGCUGUUGAAUUAUAUUCAAAUGUUGAGGAUGGCUGUUGCACGUUGCCUGAAUCUUUCUGCGCCUGUUCGUCUUUGAUAUCUUUAGUAUUUUCUAGUUGUUGCUUAGGUCCUGACAUCGUCGUAUCGUGGAAGUCUCUGAAGAGCAUACACUUGGAGUUUUUGGGCUUAUGGGAUGAACAUAUUGUGAACUUACUCUCAGGUUGUCCUGCUUUGGAAACUAUGGAACUAUAUUGUGUUUGGGAGUUUAGUCGCCUCGACAUUAGGUCUUCAAAAUUGAAGAGACUGAAGCUGAAAAAUUAUACGUUGCUUGAUGAUGGAAGAGAUCAUUCCUUGGAAAUUAUUGCCCCCUAUCUUCAGCAUCUGGAGAUUUCAGGAGAGCUUUAUGACCUCAAGUGUAGGCUUGUGGAUGUGUCCUCCUUGGUUAGUGCUAAGCUUACUUUCAAUAUUAUAUGUAUCAAAGACGUCUUCGCUAUUAAUGCCGAAGAAUUUGAUGAUGCGGAAGAUAGUUGUGGUGACUAUCAUCAAGUUUUUAGGAACCUUGUCCAAGAUUAUCUUCAAAAGUUGAGUUGUGCAACCGAGGUAACAAUGGGAAGUUGGUUCACGGAGGUCCUGUGCAUGUUGCAGUUCAAAGGAGUGCCGGUUCCAGAAUGGAAAUGCAAAUAUCUAGCGCUGGAGUUGCAUAUGAAAAAGUUUAAUUUGUAUGGCAAAUGAGCUCUGAAAUGAAAAGGAUUAUUGCACUAUCAAUCUUUUCUUGGGUUACCUCCGCCAUGAAUCUUUAUGAUAUGCCUGAAAAUUCCCGCUGCCGCUUUGAGUUAAUAUAUUUGGCCGAAGGAGAUGAUAUUGAUUUGCAGAAUGGGUUAUCAAGCUUUGCAUUUCCC